UCAAAGUCACUGUUGAAAAUAUAUGAUAUAAACAACAUCACACCACUGUUUAUGCCUCCGGGCUUGGGCCGAUACCAACCGCUCGGGCUAAUACCAGGGCCGAGAUCAAAACAGCAGUGUGAUAUUCUAUAUAACCUUACCAACUUUAUGGAUUCUACACAUGUAAUGUACAACGUGUGAGAGGAUUGCAAGGAUAACGAUCCAUUAUACAGGUCUCCCAGGAUGUGCUGUUUAACUAUGUAAAGCUAAAGAGGCUGAAGAAAUCACCGUUUUGACAGGUCUCCCAGGAUGUGCUGUCUACCUAUGUAAAGAUAAUGAAGAGGAAGAAAUCACCAAUUUAACAGGUCUCCCACACUGACAGCUUCUACAGGAUGAAGAUUAGCUCCUCCAUUAAUUUACCAGUAUUGCAUGAUCACCGUGUCUACCAAGAACUUUAACAGUGAACUGCAUUAGUUGGCAAUUCUUAAUUUGUUUGUGUUAAUUUUGACAGCUUCUAUAGGAUGUAAUGUACAACGUGUGAAAAGAUUACCAGGAUAAUUAUCAUUAUACAGGUCUCCCAGGAUGUGCUGUUUAACUAUGUAAAGCUAAAGAAGAGGAAGAAAUCACCAUUUUGACAGGUCUCCCAGGAUGUGCUGUGUUACUAUGUAAAGCUAAAGAAGAGGAAGAAAUCACCAUUUUAACAGGUCUCCCAGGAUGUGCUGUUUAACUAUGUAAAGCUAAAGAAGAGGAAGAAAUCACCAUUUUGACAGACAGGUUUAAUUGAGAACACUUGGAGGCUGCUAUGAAUGGAGACAAAUUAUUGAGAAGCCAGUGUCCAGAGAGAUCUCCCUGACUGAAACCAACACAGCAUUAUAAAGUCACAGGAAAAAGAAGUCAGGUGUCAGGGAUGUAUACAGCAGUAUUACAGAAAUCUGUCACAGUGUCUGGAGUUAGUGGGUGUAAACACAUUACCCACGUGACAUCAGACCGGGUCUGGAUCUGUGAUAAAGAAGGCAAUCUCAUCUUAACAAACACGACAGGAGACACACUAGAUAAAGUGACAGGUUUAUAUCUAUAUGGUGGUGGAGUACAUACUGUGACUCAAAAUGGUGAUGUGAUUUAUAUAGACAGUCACCUUAACAUCAUAAGACGAUCUAAAGAUAAAGUAAAGACCACAGUGAUACCAUACAACACAUCACCAUGGAGACCACUGUGUGUCUACAGCUCCCCCUCCACUGGAGACCUGCUGGUCGGGAUGUAUAAAACUGAUACAGUGACAGGCCGGGUAAACCGUUACUCUAAGACAGGACGACACAUACAGACCAUACAGCACGACAACACAGGUCAGGAACUGUAUGAAUAUCCUCUCUACAUCACAGAGAACCGCAAUGGAGAUGUUAUUGUGUCUGACUAUUGGCGUGGUGUAGUGGUGACAGACAGUAGAGGAAGACAUCGCUUCUCCUACACAGGUCCUCCAUCAGGAUCAGGACUACGACCACGUGGAAUCUGUACUGACGCGCUGUCACACAUCCUGCUGUGUGAUUAUAACACCCACACAGUACAUAUCAUUGAUAAAGACGGUAACUACCUGACAGAGAUAGUUACAGUACAAUACGGGAUAGACAGACCAUACAGCCUGAGUUAUGAUGACAACACCCGGUCUGUCUGGGUAGGAUCAUACCGCCACAACACAGUGAACAUCUACAGACUUAUCUAUGGAGAGGAUAAUCUGACUGAUGCAAGCAGUGAUAUAAAUAAAGUGGAAGAGUUGAAGAAGUUUCUUGGGAAGGAGAAGACAACUGUUUCUCAUGCCAGAGGAAUAAUUGUUGGAUGUGCUGAGGCUGGAAAAACAACGCUACUGAAGCGAUUAAGAGGGCAAAGUCAAAAUGUCAGCAAAGCUCCAAAGUCAUCCAGGGGACUAACAACACUGCUGAAGCGAUUAAGAGGGAAACAUCAAAAUGUCAGUGAAGUUACAGAGUCCACCAGGGGACUGGAAGUCCAUCAACAUCUCUUUAUUGUUAGAGAUGGAGUUUUAGAGGUGGCCGAUGAUGACUCACCAUUCAAGGCAUUUAUCAGAAUAAAUGCUGCAGAUUUGAAACCAGACCCAAGCAGUAGUGCUGUUGCCAGCUCUGAUGCAAAUGAAAAAGAAAAUUUGGAAGUAGGAAGUACUGAUAAAAGCACUGAAGUAGUUUAUAGCCGAGAGGAAAAGAAAGAAGAGAAUGUGGAAAUGUCUAGUUCACCCACGGAGGGCACAGAAGAAGAAAGUACUGUAGAGGUAAUGGCCAGUCUUAUCUCCUCAGAAGUUCCAGCUAUGGUGAAAGAGGAAAUUUUUCAGAAAAUCUUGUCUGAUAAAGAAAAAUUCCCAACUGUAAGCAUGCUGGAUUUUGCUGGCCAGUUAGCGUAUUAUGCCUGUCACCAAAUUUACGUAACACCAAAGGCCUUCUUUAUCCUUGUGUUGGACAUGACUAAGAGGUUUGAGGAUGUUGUCAGUAAAGAGAAAGAUAACCAAGAAGGAUCAAUCUUCUCAGUGUGGACAUACAAAGACUACUUGAAGUUUUGGAUAACCUCAAUCAAGACAUUUGGAGGCAAAAAGGCACCACUGUUUCUUGUUGUCACACACACAGAGAAAAAAUCUGAAGAUGAAAUAGAGAAGUAUUUUAGGGAGUUUUGGAAAGCUGUACCAGAGGAGGACAGAGAUUGGUUAAGUGAGUCUCUGAAAGAUCGGGAAUAUGCAGUAGGUCUGAGGACACUGAAUGAUAAUACCAAGGAAAUACUAGAGUUAAUGAAAAAGUCCAUAGUGGAACUAUUCACAGAUGAGAACACUACAAAGGUUGAAUUACCUUCUUCGUGGGCUCUAAUGGAGCAGUUAUUGUAUGACGGAGGCUGGAAGGUUUUGUCCCUGAGUGAAAUCUGGAAGCUCAACUCAUCUCUUCCUUAUGAAUACCAAAUCAAAGGUGAUGAAGAAAUGACCAAAUUUUUAAAAUGUUUCCAUGACAGUGGCCUUCUUCUGAAUUUUGAAGAAGUGGAAUUGAAGGAACAUGUUAUCCUAGACAUUCAGUGGUUUGCUAAUGCUUUCAGCAAGAUAAUUGCUGAUGAAAACCACAUCAAUAAAGAUUGUCAAAGGAAAUUAAUUAGAGAAUGGAAAUCCUUUAACAAAACGGGGGAACUCAAAGAUAAAGUCAUAGAUGCUUUGUGGAAAGAUGAACCUUUAUACUUGACACAUAAAAGUGAAAUUAUGCCGUACAUGGAGAAACUUCAAAUGCUGGUACAUUUGAAUGUAGAUGAAGCUGUAUCAGAAGAUGGCAUGUCAUGGUAUGUCCCAUGUAUGAACAAAAAGCAGUUCAAAGCUGACUUCUGUGAAGAUAAAUGGGAAAGCUCAUCCAUUUUGUGCUAUCGAUUCUUUUCCUUUGCCAUGUUUGUGUUCUACAGACUGGUGGCAUACUGCAUAAGUUCUCUAAGAUGGAGUGUUGCAAAAGAUGAAGAUAAUGAAGGAUGUCCUUGUCUUUAUCAAACGGCGGCAGUGUUUGAUCACAAUGAACACACUGUUGUUGUUGGCAUAUGCAAUGACGAUAUUCAACUGCAAGUGCUUAGAAUCAAAACAUUGACCGUAGACAAAGAAGUAUCAAAUGGAAUUGGGGACUCCAUUGAAAAAGCCAUAGAAAAGUUGACAGAGACAUUUAUUGACACAAAAAUAUUUCACAGAGGAUACAAAUGUCAAAAUAUUAUUUGUAAUGAGAAGGAUCUAUCUUUCACCCUUGCAAGUGAGCUCUCUAAGAUCAAGGCAGAAGAAACGCAGUGCAAGUGUCAACUUCAGGAGAAACAUACGAUAAAUGUACAGUUGACAGUGGGUUUUUGGGAAAAGGUAAAUGUAAGUGUUCCUAAAACUCCAGUAGCCUCCGGUGGACAUGAUCUCGAGGGACGAUCGAGAUUUGCAAAACUUGGAAUGGCAACAAACGAUGUGUUAAAUCAGGCAUACAGAGAUAUACUAGAGAUGGAAGUGCCUCCCUCCGAUAUCGAGAACAAAGCUAAAGCAUCACUAGCUUACAAAAGAUUGCGCCCAGAGCAAGAACAUCUCUUGCUAGAUGCUAAGCAUUCAGGAUAUAAGAACUUUGACAUUUCUUUAACAUACACAUUAAUCAGAAACAUUUGUUCGAAGAUCCCUAAGCCAACAAAAGGAAAAUGGGGAGAAAACAACAUGCCUGCAGCAGGAGAGGUGACAGUGGGUGACGAUAUCGAGAGAAUUAGGUUAAUCCGAAAUAGUUUGACUGCACAUGUGAGUUCAGCCUCCACCCCUCAGACAGAAUUUGAUGACACCUGGACAACGAUGUCUGAUAUUUGCCAAAGAUUGGAAACCUUCACUGGAAAGAAGUACUCAGAUAACCUGAAUAGCAUUCAUAAGCUGACUUUAAAAGAUGAAGCUGCUAUUUCAGCUAUUAUAGAAAAAGUUAACAAGGAACAACAUGAUAUGUUGAAGAAAGUCAUGUCAAAUGUGCAAAAAUUAAUGUCAGAUAUGCGAGAAGUUAAGUCAGAUGUUAAAAAAUUCAAGCAAAAUUAAUGCCAACAGGCAGUGCUGUCGAAAUCAAAUUUUUUGUAUGCAUCGAACAUAUGUACAGUUAAUGUCAGAUGUACAAGAAGUAUGUCAAAAAUUUAAAGCAAAAUUGAUGCAGACAGGGGGUGCUGCCCAUUGCCCAAAUCAAUUUUUUAUGCAUUGAACAUAUUUAGAGUGACUUUAAUUGAAAACCAGCCUCUACUAAUUGUGGAGUAAUAUAAAUAUCAUGAUUUUUUUCAUGCAAAAUCAAAGAUUUAGGAAACAGCAGAGACUUUGUUAAAGGAGGUGGGCGAGUAGUAGUGCAGUUAUUCCACAAAUACACCAAUACAACAAAUGUAUAAUGAUUUUUUUAUUCUUCACCCACCAAUCAGUAUUCAAUAUAUGUGUCUUUUAUCCUUUUUUGGAUUUCUGUUCUGUGUAAAGAACUUCAAUAGUUACUUUUUUAUGGAUAUCCUUUAGAAUCAUGUACUACGGUAUUUGUAGGAUUACGUAGAUUUAAUUCCCUUCUGACUAUAAAUGAUGCAGUUGGAUGGCUCCCAUUUAGAGAAUUGAUGAUUAAAUAUGUUCUGGAUGGGGAAUUGUUUGGUAAUGAUAGAAAAAGGAAGACUUACCAAAAAGCAUUCCACUGGGAUUACAAUAUCAUAGAACAUGGUGCUGAAAACAUUGAAAACGAAAAUUAUGAAAAGCUGAACAUUUUAUGUGCUUUUAUCCAGCAAUUUCUACAUAUUAAAGAAACUGAAAGGAAGCUGUGCAAAUAUACCUACAACAUAUGCAGAGAAGGAUAAUCAAAAUUAAGAAGAGAUAUAACAUUUAUAACGAAACAUGAGAUAUAACAUUUAUAAAGAAACAUGAGAUAUAACAUUUAUAACGAAACAUGAAUUCGGCCUUGACCUCUGAGACAGAAUUCAAUGACGUCAGGUCAAUGAUGUUGGCUAUCUGCCAAAGAUAAGAAAUCUUCACUGGAAAGAAGUACUUAUAUAACCUUUACGAUAUUAAAUUACUAACAUUGAGAAAGGAAGCUGGGGAUAUUAUUAUAUAAAUAUUGCAUGUUGUUGAGUGCAACAUUGAAAGAAUUUCACCCCAAGAAAGCCAUUGUCAACCGAGGUUGGUAAUUAUUUUUUGGAAUGAAAUUUUUCAACGUUACACUUAACUAAAUGUAAUACUGUACAGGGUUAUUUUCGCCCUUUUGCACUUGCGAACUAUUUUGCCCCGUUUUAUAUUCGCCCAGUCAUAGUUCUGUUUAAGGAAUUAUGCUGUGUAAUUUCGAUUCGCCCCGUUUUAAAUUCGCCCAAUCAGGAAGAGGGCAAAAGGGGCGAAAAUUUUCCUCGUACAGUAUUUAUUAUAUUAUGCUGAAUGUUUCAUACAAAAUAACAAUGAACCUAAAUUCUGUGAUAUCCAUAUUUUUAUGGAAUAUGACUCGUAGUUAAGCAUUGAACAUUACUGUUUCUGCACUGGAGAGCAUGGCUUCAUCAUUCAACGGGUAUUAGUGUUUUUCUAACAAAUGAAAAGCGUCCAAUCAGAAUCAACUCUUUUACAUGAAUGUAUAAUGUUAUAAAAAUGUUAAAAUGCAAGAAAUUUUUAGACAAUCCAAUCAGAUGUCAAAGAAAUAGAAACAAUGAUCAACCGUAAUAAAGGAGCUACAGAUUAGGAGCUCGUUGAUUAUUGUGUAGAAUAUUAAAGAAUUGCUUGUUUUACUUAAAUUAUAAGAAUGGAAAGUGCUGGAGAGUUUUAUGUAUCCUACUACUUGUACAUAAUUUAGAGUGCCUGAAUAGUUUAAACUUGUAUGCAAGUGUCGAAAGAGAAUAGAAUAUUCUUAUUCACGACUGCAAUUUUUUAAAAACUAAGAUUUGCGAUCCUAUUUAGUUGCUUGUGGUAAUAUGUUAACUUUAAUUUGCUUAUGGAUUGUACCCUUAAAAUCCAGUGGGAUAAAAAAAAUUAACAAAAUGUUACAUGUUUAUAUGAAUAUACACGUAUUGUAUGUUAUUAGUACACAGAUUUGCGAUCCUAAUUUGUUGCUUGUGAUAUGUUUAUUUUACUUAAUAUGUGUUACUUUUAUCCAACAUACAUCAUUAAUUUACAGAAUGUUUAAUGAUAAUCAAUAUAUUUACAAAUGUUCACACAUGACAUGCUUCUACUGAGCAGCUUGGUACAUAACAUUUCUGGAGCUCUUAGAAUUGUAUUUUUGAAAACGACGGUGAAUGAUGGACAAGGUCUGUUGAUGUAUCUGUAUGGGAAUCAACAAUCAUAUGAAUACUGAAUAUUUUUUUUUACAUCUGUAAGACGAAUUUUGUUAACUUAUAGUAACUACCAUAGUCAAAUGAUUUAAUCAGUAUUGAUUAUCUUUCUACCUGUUUCGAAGAAUUAUUGGAACUAAUAAGAAAGUCAUCAAUCAAUAUUUUUCUACCUGUGUUAGAAGAAAUCUUGGGAUGUAUGGCAAUAAUAAUGUCACUAUAGGUGUCCUUAUAUUUAUGAAUUAUUAUUUUUUUAAUUCAGACGAUAUGUAUUAAAGCGGCAAUACGGCUGCAAA